AUGUCGGAGAACUGGGCUGGCUGCGCUAUCAAGAAGAGCCUCGAGGAGAAGGCCCACCCCAAGUGCCUCAAGAAAUGGGCCGAGUACGAUGCCUGCGGCCAGCGCAUCAAGGGCGACACCACCGGUGAGGCGCAGUGCAGCGGUCAGUACUUCGAGUACUGGCAUUGCGUUGACGCUCUCGUGGCCAACGACCUCUUCAAGCGGCUCAAGUAG